AGCAAAUGGAAGAUGCUAGAGAGCACAGAUAAACACAUGGCCACGGAUAUUCUGGGAUCAAAUUCAAGCAAAGCAGCAACCUAAACAAGUUUACCCUUUUGAAAUCCUUUUGAAGACUGAGCGUGUGAUUACUGGUAUUCAUGUUCAUCCUAAUUACUUGAGUGGUGGGGAUUGACUGGCAUUGGAGGGUGCAGUAGGUUUACAUGUAUCGGAGAUUUCGAUGCAAUAGUUGUUCAAUAGCUGGGUUGUUGAAGCUUUGGUGACACUGGGGGUUACAGGCGAAAAACAGGAUGGUGCAGUGAGAAUCAAACUCAAGUUUGAAACAAAGCUCUUCAUUAGCCUGCUUGAGUUUGUUAGUUUACAAAUUUAGGUUUCCUAAACAAGAUGGCUGGCUCAUCGUUUGGGUUGCAACCUAGUGAAAACAUGGGAAGCACUACCAAGGGUGUAACUGUGGAAGCUCCUAAACGUGUGUUUGCUAUUGAUUUUAAGAUCUUGGGAUUGUCUAUUUUCUCAUUUCUUCCAUGGAAUAUCGGCUCUGGAAAUAAAAUUCAAAUGCCAGCAACUAUCAGUAAGGAGUUAAAAAAGCAUGCGCGAGCACACAGAGGUGCUAAAUCUUUGGACCAGUAUCCCUCUGUACGGUUCAGACCUUAUGUUUCCAAGGUUCCUUGGCAUACAGGUCCAAGAGCAGUUCUAUCUCAAAUGUUUCCGCGCUAUGGCCAUUACUGUGGGCCGAAUUGGUCCAGUGGAAAAGAUCGGGGCUCCCAUGUGUGGGAUAAACGACCCAUUGACUGGUUGGAUUUUUGCUGUUAUUGUCACGACAUUGGUUAUGAUACUCAUGACCAGGCUGAGCUCCUGAAGGCAGAUUUGGCGUUUCUUGAAUGCCUGGAGAAGUCUGAUAUGAAAAUAAAGGGGAACCCUUGGGUGGCUAACCUAUAUAAGACAAUGUGCAUCUCAGGUCUCAGGAAUGUUCUGAUACCUUAUAGACAUCAACUUGUGAAUUUGCGAGCAGUACAAUCGCCCAUUAAUUUUGGAUGGAUAGGUAACUGGAAACUGCAAGCAUUGAAUAUUCAGAAAGAUAUGAAGAUUGAUUUAUCUUUCGUUUGGAAAGGGUGGCUAAGAAAUGUCAGAUGGAAAGGACAGAACCAUGAAAACCUAUGAAGGUCUUGUUGCUUCAAAUUCUGCUGACAUUUGUACCGUGAAGAGGUAAAAAACGAGUUAGAUUUCUUGGUAACUGUUGUAUCAGUGUAAUUUUUGUAAAUAUCUGAGUCUCUUGCAGUUUUAGCUUACCAGUGACUUGUACCUACUUUGUUUUUAAAAUUGUGAAUUGUCUGAGAGAUCUCCUGCUGUUUGGCUGAUCUCCAUGUGAGGGGAUAACAAGCUGUUGCAAUGACUUCACUGUGACAUUGAGCUGCAUGAAAGAUCAGAUUGAAUCCCCGGACAAGGAAAGAUCAGAAAACAAGGAUAGUUUAUGAUAUAGAAGCAGAAAGAUUGUUAUGCUGCAUUGUUGAAUCCUUUUAUUUUUUGUUUGAAAAUACCAUUGUUGGAUCUACAUUUGCCAACACUUCCUUGUUAUUCUAGCUACAAGAUGUCAAGUAUGAAAACGGACAUUUUGAAAGCUUAAUUUGAAUGGAGAUAAGGGACCUAGUUUGAGAACUCAUCUUUUCUUUUCUUUUUUUUUUGUUUGGAGAUAA